AUGUCGGUGCCAGCACUCCACUCAAUCCAGGUGAUGAAUUUGGUUGGUGAUUGCUGCUGCAGGAAGGUUGGUAAAGGAGACAGAGAGGGACAUGAGAGAAUCACCUUGCCUUGUGUUAUUCCCGGGUCAUAUGGUCCAUCAGGAUUCCCAGGAGCUCCCGGAUUCCCAGGCCCUAAAGGGAUCCAUGGCCUUCCUGGAAUCCCAGGCAAGCCUGGAUCUCAAGGAAGUAAAGGAGAGCCUGGGGAGCCCGGAAGUCCAGGAUUAAUUCACCUCCCAGAAUGGCCAGGAUUUCCUGGACCUCGUGGAGAAAAGGGCUUGCCUGGAUUUCCUGGGCUUCCUGGAAAAGAUGGCUUGCCUGGGAAGGCUGGCAUUCCAGGUGUACCAGGUUCCAAGGGUGCCCCCGGUGACAUCUUUGGUGCAGAAAAUGGUGCUCCAGGGGAGCAAGGCCUGCAGGGAUUGCCAGGGGACAGAGGAUUUCCUGGAGACUCUGGCCUUCCAGGACCCAAGGGUUUGCAUGGGAAGUCUGGCUUGCUAGGCCCCAAAGGUGAGCAGGGCAGCCCUGGAACAUCGGGACAAGUUGGACAGCCAGGCCCCCCAGGGGUUAGUGAUCCACUUGGCAUCAAGGGCAAAUCUGGGCUCCCAGGACCACCAGGCCUUCCAGGCACUUCAGGACAUCCUGGAAAGAAGGGCUCAAGAGGUGAGGCAGGUCACCCUGGAGCAACUGGAAAAGGAGGUCCACCUGGGAUAAAAGGCCUUCCUGGAUCUCCGGGGCUAACUGGCUUCCUGGGAAGCCCAGGCUUGCCAGGGGUCACAGGGUUGCCAGGCCUCCCAGGCCAAAAGGGUGAAAGGGGGUCUUUUGGACUAGUAGGUUUUCCAGGGGUGCCAGGUCUUCCUGGUAUUCCUGGAGCAAGUGGAGUAAAGGGAAUUCCCGGGUCAGCUGGAAAGAUGGGAACAUCUGGACAGGCUGGUAACCCUGGCAAAAAAGGAGACAGAGGUGAUCCAGGGCCAGUUGGAGUACCCAGUGCAAGACCUUCAAUGCUGAACCUUUGGUUCAAAGGAGACAAAGGCUCUCAGGGCUCAGCUGGAUCAAAUGGAUUUCCUGGGCCCAGAGGUGACAAAGGAGAUGCUGGUCGCCCAGGGUCACCAGGCCUGCCUGGGGCUCCUGGCCUCCCCAGCACCAUGAAAGGACUUAGUGGGAAGCCAGGUCUCCCUGGAUCCCUGGGAUUACGGGGCUUACCUGGCUUGAAGGGGUCCCCAGGGAUCACAGGUUUCCCAGGAAUGCCAGGAAAAAGUGGUUCACAGGGUCUCAUUGGGACUCCUGGACUCACAGGAGAAUCUGGUCUCCCAGGCUUAAAAGGAGAUCAGGGCCAGACGCUUGAAAUUUUUGGUAGCCCAGGAUCCAAGGGACAACCUGGUGAAUCAGGUUUUAAAGGUGUGAAAGGAAAAGAUGGACUGAUUGGUGAUAUAGGUUUUCCAGGGGAAAAAGGUGAAAAUGGAAAAGUUGGCACUUCUGGAGAUGUUGGGCUUCCUGGUUCCCAAGGACUUCCAGGGGUUGGAGGUAUGAGAGGAGACCCAGGGCUUCCAGGUUCCUCUGGUCAUCCAGGGUCAACUGGGCCUCUGGGACCCUCUGGAUUAAUAGGACCUAAAGGAUACUCUGGGCCUCCUGGUUUACAUGGACUGAACGGGCUUCCAGGCACCAAAGGUACCCACGGCACUCUAGGAGCCAGUAUCACUGGUGUGCCUGGACCUGCUGGUCUUCCUGGUCUCAAAGGGGAAAAAGGGACACCAGGAAUUGUCAUCGGAGUUCCAGGGAAACCAGGUCCAAGAGGACAAAAAGGUGGCCGAGGAUUCCCAGGUCUCCAAGGCGCUGCUGGUUCCCCUGGAGCCCCAGGCAUCUCCUUGCCCUCAGUCAUAGCAGGACAACCUGGUGAGCCCGGACAGCCAGGCCUAGAUGGAGAACGAGGCCGUCCAGGCCUCCAAGGGCCCCCAGGUCCUCCUGGGCCAUCCUCAGAUCAAGGAGACACUGGCGACCCUGGCAUCCCUGGAAUUCCUGGCCUUCAAGGGCCUAAGGGAGACCAAGGAAUUCCAGGUUUCUCUGGCCUCCCUGGAGAUCUCGGACUGAAAGGCACAAAAGGUGAACCUGGCUUCAUGGGGACUCCAGGCAAGGUUGGGCCACAGGGAGACCCAGGAUUUCCCGGGAUGAAGGGGAAGGCAGGACCGAGAGGCUUUCCCGGCCCCCAAGGUUCUCCUGGAAAAACACUAACUGCAGAAGCUGUCCAGGUUCCUCCUGGACCCCUGGGUCUGCCAGGCAUUGAUGGCAUCCCUGGCCUCACAGGGGACCCUGGAGUCCAAGGCCCUGUCGGUCUCCAAGGUUCCAAAGGUUUACCUGGCAUCCCUGGCAAGGAUGGCCCCAGCGGGCUUCCUGGCCCACCUGGGGCACUCGGUGAUCCUGGUCUUCCUGGACUGCAAGGCCCUCCAGGAUUUGAAGGAGCUCCAGGGCAGCAGGGCCCUUUCGGGAGGCCCGGGAUGCCUGGGCAAAGCAUGAGAGUGGGCUACACUUUGGUGAAGCACAGCCAGUCGGAACAGGUGCCCUUGUGCCCCAUCGGGAUGAGCCAGCUGUGGGUGGGUUACAGCUUGCUGUUCAUAGAAGGGCAGGAGAAAGCCCACAACCAGGAUCUGGGAUUUGCUGGCUCCUGCCUGCCCCGCUUCACCACCAUGCCUUUCAUCUGCUGCAACAUCAACGAAGUAUGCCACUAUGCUAGGCGCAAUGAUAAAUCCUACUGGCUCUCCACUACCGCCCCCAUUCCCAUGAUGCCUGUUGGCCAGACCCAGAUUCCCCCGUACAUCAGCCGCUGCACAGUGUGCGAGGCACCCUCGCAAGCCAUUGCUGUGCAUAGCCAGGACAUCACCAUCCCACAGUGCCCUCUGGGCUGGCGCAGUCUCUGGAUCGGGUACUCCUUCCUCAUGCACACUGCUGCUGGGGCCGAGGGAGGAGGCCAGUCCCUGGUCUCCCCUGGCUCUUGCCUUGAGGACUUCCGGGCCACUCCUUUCAUCGAGUGCAAUGGCGCCCAAGGCACCUGCCACUAUUUUGCCAACAAGUACAGUUUCUGGCUGACGACAGUAGAAGAGAGACAGCAGUUUAGGGAGGAGCCCGUGUCUGAGACGCUGAAAGCUGGGCAGCUGCACACCCGGGUAAGCCGCUGCCAGGUGUGUAUGAAAAGCCUGUAG